AUCUUAGGCGGCUCCUUGAGCUGGUCCUGAGCAGCACACGCAUACACGUGUGGUCACCAUGGCGGACCUACAGAUGAAACUUAUCCGUAAGAAGAUCCAAAAAAGAAACGAGAAAAAUAAGAAGCGAAAGUUACUUAGGACGCAGACAGAAGAGGAAGAAUCUGUGCCAUCAAAUGGAUUGGAGGAUAAAUCUCCUCAAGAAGCAGAAUCACCGAGCACAGCAAAAACCGAACUUUGCCAGGACGAGCGCGACGACCACCCGUCUGAAAUUCAAACAAAUGCAGAGCAAAGCUCUUUCAAGCAAAAGAAGAAAAAGAAAAGAAAGGCGCCUCAGGCUCCUGAAUCGCCAGCUGAGAAGAAACCCAAAAGUCUAGACCAAGUAAACAAGGAAAAGGCAGAUGGCAGUGAGGAACAGUCUUUAGAUGUCCUAGAAGAUGAGGAAGAGAAACAACUUGAACUACCAUCUGGUUUGACAGGAGCGUUUGAGGACACGUCUUUUGCCUCUCUUGAUGGGCUGGUGAGCGAGAACACACUGAAAGGAGUGAAGGAGAUGGGCUUUGAGCACAUGACUGAGAUCCAGCACAAAAGCAUUCGUCCUCUGCUAGAGGGAAGAGAUGUGCUGGCUGCUGCCAAAACGGGAAGUGGUAAAACCUUGGCCUUCCUCAUACCUUCCAUAGAGCUCAUCUAUAAACUCAGGUUUAUGCCCAGAAAUGGGACUGGUGUCGUGAUUCUUUCCCCCACACGCGAAUUGGCAAUGCAGACGUACGGUGUCCUGAAAGAACUGAUGACACACCACGUGCACACCUAUGGCCUGAUUAUGGGCGGAAGCAACCGCUCAGCCGAGGCCCAAAAACUAGCCAACGGUGUCAACAUUUUGGUAGCAACACCCGGUCGUCUGCUGGACCACCUCCAGAACACACCGGGUUUCAUGUUCAAGAACUUGCAGUGUUUGAUUAUUGAUGAGGCUGACCGCAUCUUGGAGGUGGGCUUCGAGGAGGAACUGAAACAGAUCAUCAAGCUGCUGCCCAAGAGGAGGCAGACCAUGCUGUUUUCAGCCACACAGACUCGCAAGGUGGAGGACUUGGCUCGCAUCUCUUUGAAGAAAGAGCCGCUGUAUGUGGGCGUGGAUGACAACAAAGACAAUGCCACGGUGGAUGGCUUGGAGCAGGGCUAUGUUGUGUGUCCCUCAGAAAAGCGCUUCCUGCUGCUCUUCACUUUCCUCAAGAAGAACCGCAAGAAGAAGCUGAUGGUCUUUUUCUCUUCCUGCAUGUCCGUCAAAUUCCACUAUGAGCUACUCAACUACAUUGACCUUCCUGUGAUGGCCAUCCACGGCAAGCAGAAGCAGACCAAACGCACCACAACCUUCUUCCAGUUCUGCAAUGCAGACUCAGGCAUUCUGCUGUGCACUGAUGUCGCAGCUCGAGGUCUGGACAUUCCUGAGGUGGACUGGAUCGUCCAGUACGACCCCCCAGAUGACCCCAAGGAGUACAUCCACAGAGUGGGCCGAACGGCACGAGGCAUCAAUGGCAGAGGGCACGCACUCCUGAUCCUCCGACCUGAGGAGCUCGGAUUCCUGCGCUUCCUCAAGCAGGCCAAGGUCCCCUUGAGUGAGUUUGAAUUUUCCUGGAGUAAAAUCUCAGAUAUUCAGUCCCAGUUGGAGAAGCUUAUCGAAAAGAACUACUAUCUCCACAAGUCAGCCCAAGAGGCGUACAAGUCCUACGUGAGGGCUUACGACUCCCACUCGCUCAAACAGAUCUACAGCGUCAACACGCUGGACCUCCUCAUGGUGGCCUUGUCCUUUGGAUUCAAAGUUCCUCCCUACGUUGAUCUCAACGUCAACAGCAGCAAAGGCACAAAGCUGCAAAAGCGAGGCGGCGGCGGCGGUUUUGGGUACCAGAAGUCCAAGAAUGUGAACAAAUCCAAAAUCUUUAAGCAUGUCAACAAAGGAAGGAAUGACAGAAGGCAGUUCUCUCGCUAAACCUGGACUCUGAUUUCUUCUCAGCUUUUUUCCCCUUGCCCACACCUUGGACGAGUUCAAGUCCCGUUGUGGCCUUCAUGUGCACGAAUUGUAUUAUGUUGACAAUAUUUCCUGGGUGUUUUAUAUGUAAGUCUGCACAUUCACAAAACUCAAGUACAUUGGAUUGAAAUAUUAAAUCUCAUAACACUGAAGAAUCAAAUGGACUUAAUUUGAAAUGAGCUUUUACACCCGUAAUGAGAGAUCCAACUUUUUAUUCCACAAAUCAAGUCUCCAUCACAGCAAUCAAUGCAUUCAUGCAUACCACUCUAACUGGACAAGGUACGUACUGUGCACAUGAGAAAUGUUGCAGCAGCAGUCACUUUCAUUGCAAAAAGUACCUUUUUAUAUGAAAUGACUUAUACGGGGUGUCCCUAAAGUGUGGACACAGACAAAAAUGCAUUUAUAAAAAAUAAUUUAUGUAACUAAACAUCUGUACUUAAUAUCCAUUUUGAUAUUUAUUUCUACUAAAUACUUGGAUUUGUAAUGACUUAAUUGCAAUAUUUUUUAAAAUAAUUAACUAUUUGUAUACUGUAUGUACAGUAUGUCCACACGUCAGACACACCCUUUACAGUACAUUACAAAUUAUGACACUUACUGUACUGCAGCACCAACGUACUGCAGCAAAUGUUGAAAUCAGGAUUUUAAAAGUAGUACUUGAACAUUCUUGAUGCUCCACAUAAUAGACUGUCUGGAUUUGAAAUACUUAGAAAUAUUUGAUUACCUUGUAACACCACACACAUUUAGUUUGCUGUUCUUUCAUGCAACAAGAUGCACGAGGACGUGGAGGAACCUUUUUCCAUUUCCUCCCCUCUUAACAUUUCAGUAGACCAGUUUACAACAGGGGUGACCAAACUUUUUCCAGUGAGGGUCGUGUACAUCAAAAUUUAAGGAUGGGGGGGCCCACUUUGAUACAUGAGUAAGAUGCUGAAAGCAAUCCCAUGUAUUCGGCCAAGAUUUGCUAAAAUAUCUGAACAAAUCAUCCACAUCUGAGAUUUGCAUUACAGAUGCAAAUUAGUGUCCUACCGAAUCGUACAGUAUAUAUCGUUAAUUCAUUUUAUUGUUACAACAUGCUAAGAGCCAGUAAAAUAAAACGUGCACUGUGGAAACCUGUGCUAAGUAGUUAAAUGUACUUGACUACGUACAAAUUAGAGCCUUGAUUAUUUUAAAUAUACAAUUUUACUUUACUAAUAAUUUCCUGAUUAUCCAAAUGCUACAUAAAUGUUAUAUAUUUUCUUUUAUUAUCCUCGACUAUUCACAUUGAGGACAAUACUUUAUUUUCUAUACGUAUAGCAAGCAACUUUUUGAAAUGUCUUCUCUGUGAGCCUAACAUUUUAAACAUUUUUUAAAUAUGCCAACAAAAACAAGUAACAAUGACCAGUGUCUGCAAUUGCCGCCACAGCUCCUCUUUUGGUACAACAGUUGCGCUCCAGACCAUGUUGCCAUACUUAACCAUGAAAACUAAGUUAACUUUUUAAAUAAAGUUGUCCGCUAGUUGCUCCCGCAAUUUCCACUCUUCAGUCCAGCUGGCACGCUAACACGGUUAUCUGUGGGCUUCACAAAAUGAAUGAACAAUGACUGUUUCCAUGUGUUAAGGUUGCAUCCACAAGCAAUAAGAAUACGCUACUCCCUCGUUCAUCGUGAUUCAUUGGUUCCAGACCCGACCGUGAUAAGGGAAUUCUCACAAAGUAGGGUUCCUUAUUUAUAAAUGGAAUAUUUUCGUAGUUAUGGAGCAUAGAAAAUCUGUUUACGACCUUCCAAAUUCCGUUUUUAACAUAAGAGCCCUCUAGACAUAAACUAGCGUAAAACCCCUUUAUACUCGUAUUACCCAAUAUAGUAAAUACGAUCAGAAAAAGAUGUAAGUAAAACUCAUGCAUGUGUGUGUUGCAAUAAAUGUGUUCCGGAUGUGUGGAGGACAGGAAGUGACGGAAGUUCAGAGUUGAGUGCAUUACGGCCGCAGCAGUAGCCAGUAAUAUUAUUCUUAUUACAAUUAUUAUGUUAUUGUGCCUGUUGUGAGAUAAUUCAAACCUGCAAUAAAAGCCUGUUGUUCCAGCGA